UUUUGAAUUUCAAAUUGAACUUUUUUUGGCGCCACAAAUUUUUUGUUUUCCACGGAAAAAUUCAGUGCGACAAUUAUAAUUAGUGAAAAGUGCGGAAUUUCGAAAUUUGGGUUGGUCAUAUCGUCAUGGCGACCGUGAAACAAGAGGACGGGUUGUUGUGAGAAUUUUUUUUGGGGGGUGGGAAAGACACACGACGAAAUUUGAAUUCAUUUGAGCGAAUAUUGAGCGCAACCAUUUUCGCUGUGGGUCCGUCGUCGUCAUGCCGAUGAUGAAAGCCGAGACGUCGCCAGGAGCUCCAGGAGCUUGCGCCAGCCAUCACCACCAUCAAGUUGGUAGCCCAGUUAACAGCACUAAAUCCAGGCGAUCGUUGAAAUUCAUCAAUUUACCCAGCGGCACUUUGGCCUUACUCGCCACAAUCGGAUUCCUUUCGUUGAAUUAUCACUGUUUAUCGGUGGAAGGCUACGAACACCAUCGAUGGCGUCACCGGGAUCGUGGGAGUAUUUCUCAUUUGCCACAUCAUUUGCCAUUGGCUCCUAUCGGGAUCGGUCCGCUGUCGACGGCUCCUGCGUCAGUGGCGACGACAGCCGAGGAGACCAACAGGAGCCAAGGUGAAAACGAAGAAGAAGAAUCUGAGGAAGAAGAAGAAGAAGAUUUGGCUCCUGAUUAUUCGUCGGGAUCGUCGUCGUCGUUGGGAUUCGGAUUGUGCUCACGCUGCCCGCCGGGAUUUGGAGUGGCUCGACGCUGUACCCUCGUUCAAGACACAGUGUGCCAUUCGUGCCCGCCAAGCUACUACGCUCCUAGUUAUUCAAGGAGGCAUGCAUGUUGGCCAUGCUCAAAAUGCGGUGAAGGACUGUACGAGGUCCAGCCAUGUACAGGAACAUCAGACACGGUCUGCCAGGCAUGUCUGCACCCCCCACAUUUGGCUGGGACCGACAAGAGCCCAAUAAAUGGCAACAUGCAUCUGUGUGGGCAUCACCACCACCACCACCAACAACAACAUCACCGUGGCAACAUCAACAAUGGUGGCGGUCCAUCAUCAUCAUCAUCCCAGCAGCAGCGAAACUUGCUGUCCACUCUGACAAUAGGUGACAGUAACAAGAAUAAACGGACGACAUCUGGCAAUCUCAUUCACUUCCUAAAUCAUCCCGCCGGUGGAUCCCCAGCAGCUGGAGCCAUAACCAACAACAACAACAACUCAUCGUCGAAGAACGAACCGCCAACAACUUUGGGCUCGUUCCCUUCAGAAAUAAACGCCGAGACGAGCUCCGCCGAAGAGGACGAGGUCGCAUUAGGAGUGGCACAACUGGCGGCCUUCCAAGUCGUUCUCAUUUUCACAGCCGUCGCCGCAAUAUUGGCAUUAACGUGCCGGCUUCGUGUCUUUUCCAGUCACGAACCGGCCCGUCUCAAGUUGACGGAAACAUACCGAGAUGACGGGGUGGCCCUGAUUGAACAGUUAUCCGAAUCUUAACAGGACGAUAACAAUAAAAAUGGAAAAAGAAUAACGAUAAUUAUAUUUCAAAUUUUUACGAUUUAAAAAAAAUGAUUUAUUAUUAUUAUAUAUUGCAAGUCUAAAAAAAGCUAUAAUUCUAAGCGAAAUAAUAAUAAUGAAAUUCCCCUUUUUUUCUCCCUCCCAAUUGUGACAACCGUAAAUCUUGUGCUUGGGUUCAUUGUGUAUGCCAUCAUGUUCACACUCUCUCAUCAGAAGUUAAGAAGAAAAAAAGUAUUGUAUAAUUCCAGCACACUUGUGUACAACAAAUUGAUAUAAUAAUAAUUAAUCUGUCAACCAUUUCACGCCCACUCUCUUUUUCCUGGCAUCAUCCCCCGAUUAUCAUUUCAACAACAUUCCUAUUUUGGUAUUUAACAAAUUACAUAUCGUAGUAGCAAUUCA